AGUAUUAUACAGCUCAAGAAAAGCUUCAAAUCUCUAAAGCCAAAACCUCUUCCCUCAUCUCUCUACAUCCCCCGCAAUUUCAAAACCCUAAGCUUAACCGUAGUCCCUAAAUCCCCGAUCAUACAAUCAAUCACUAAAGCUCUAUAGAACAGGUUUAAAUUAAAAAUCGUGCAGUAGUAAACUGCAAUAUUUGUUUUUGUUUACUAGUUUUAAACGAUGUCUGCAAUUGUUUGCCGCAAGAGAUCGUAUUUUGAAGAAUUACAAUCACCGUCGCCGACAUCAGCGUCGCCGCCGGUUUCAAAGAAGCUUCGUUGUUCUUCCUUCACCACCUCUCCGGUUCACUUCUCUCCGCCGUCCCCGCUGCCGUCUCUCUUCAAUCAGCUGAUAGCUUUAUUUCCUGAUAUGGACAACCAGCUACUUGAGAAAGCAUUGGAAGAAUCUGGCAAUGACCUGGAUGCUGCUAUUAGGAGCCUGCAUGAGCUUCGCCUUGGAUAUGCAGAUGGAAAGUCAGACACAAAAGCUGAUGGAGAGAUGGAAAAUGGUAUGAACCCCACCAAUGUGCCGGCUGCUAAGUCAGAAGAUCCUUCAGAAAACAAGUUUCCUGCCAAUGGUGCAGAAUGGGUGGAAUUGUUUGUGAAGGAAAUGAUGAGUGCUACAAGCAUAGAUGAUGCCAAGGCUCGAGCUACCAGGCUGUUGGAGAACUUAGAGAAAUGCAUUAGUUCACGUGCAGGUGUAGAAGCAGCUCAAAAUUCUCACAAGGAAAAUAUUAUGCUGAAACAGCAAAUAGAAGUGCUUCUCCGAGAGAAUACCAUUCUCAAGAGGGCAGUGGCCAUUCAGCAUGAACGUCAGAAAGAGUAUGAUGAAAGGAACCAGGAAGUGCAUCAAUUAAAGCAGCUGAUUGCUCAGGGUAAAGAGCAAUUGAGAACUCUUGAGAUCAACAAUUAUGCUUUGAAAAUGCAUUUGCGGCAAGCUCAGCAAAGCAACUCUAUCCCUGGAUUCAAUCCAGAUGUGUUCUAAUGUGCCGAACGUUCAAAGGAAGAGAUGGAGCCUAGACUUGUGACCCCUGAUAUGGAUGUUUUACAGUGAACCUGCACACAAGGGGCAUAGCCAAAUUUCCAGUGUUGAAGGCGUCAAAUCAGUAAUCUUAGUGAUGGAAACAAGCUGAAGUUUAAAUUAUGAUUUUGUUUCUUUCAGUAGGAAUUUGUGAGGCCUUCAAUUGAUAUACAAAAUUAAUAAACAUUAUUAAUAGGCAAAAGGUCUUCGCCAUACAUUUUUUUACACUGAUGGUUGAUCAACAUCCAUCAUGAUACUCCAUGUCUAUGUUAGAUGAGUGGUGUUGCUGCUAAUAGUCGUAUUUUCGUUGAUCUUUGUAAUGAGUACCUAACUGGAUUCUUUUAGAUGUUUCAUAGUGAUAUAUCACCGUAAAAACUGAAGUCAGAUUUAGUGUUUAUAUCAAGCUACUGUGGUUUGUCACUGUCAA